AUGUUAAAUCAUGCUAGUAAUGUGUCAUCAGAGAAAUUGGUACUUUGGCAGGAGCCAACAACUUUAUUGGGUUUUAUGGGCACGAUUAUGAUUAGUGGUGAUUUUAAUAAAAUUUUGUCUCUGGAUGAGAGGUUUAAUGGUUAUGGAUUUACAACUUCUAUAUUCACCUCUUCAAGGAAGACUUUUUACUUGGCAAAACAUGGUCUCCAAUCCAUCAUUGACAUAUGCUUGAUUUUGGCCAAUGCGGAAACUUGCUGGCUAGACAUGGUUUUAUUAGUUUUGCCUGGAAGUCAAUCGGAUCAUCUCCCUAUUUGCUUUUGUUCGACAAAUGUUUUUUAUUGGGGUCUAAAAGCUUUUUGCUCAGUGGAAUAUUGGUGGGACUACGAUAAAUUCGGCCUAUUUAUGGAAGAGAGUUGGCGAUCGAUUUGUUCUAGUAAUCCAAAUCCUAUUCAGAGAUUAAAGGAGUUUAGACAUAAAUUAAGGGAUUGGAAUUCUGAAAUUUUUGGGGACCAAAACAAGAGAAUUCAAGAGCUUUCGGCACAACUGCUCUCGACGAAUUUAGCUGCAGAAUUGGGUACGCAGAUAGACGAGGAGAGGGUUAUUUAUGUUAAUGUGCGAGCUGAAUUUUGGAAAGCGGAGAAAAAUGUGAACUCUAUGUGGAUGCAAAAAUCAAGAGUGAAGUGGAAUGAUGAGGGUGACAGGAACACAAAGUUUUUGCAUAGCAUUUCUUCAGCUCAUUACAGGAAUAAUCAUAUUUUUUCUAUUCUUGUGGAUAGAAUUACGUUUUCUAAGCCGAAAAAUAUUAGAUUUCACAUCAGGAACUUUUACAACUCUCUUUAUAGUCGGGCAAAGAGUGUUAGUAUUGAUAUAACUAGCUUUAACUUUGACGAGAUUACUGAUGGGCAAGCUAUUUCCUUAUUAAUCCUUUUGAUCGAGGCUGAAAUAUGCAACAUUACAGCUUUGUGUGGUGCUAAAACGUCUCAUGGAUUGGAUGGAUUUUUUUUUUAUCAGAAAUCUUGGUUUGUGAUGAAGGGUGAAAUUACCGAUUUUUUCAAGAGGUUUCAUGAUUUUUGUACCUUACCCAAAGGUAUUAAUUCAUCAUACAUGGUUCUUAUUCCAAAGGUGGUUGGAUCUUCUAUUAUCAAGGAUUGUCAUCCUACCAGUCUGUUGAAUGGCUUUUAUAAGAUGCUUUCUAAAUCUUUUAGUAAAAGAUUAGCACCUAUUCUCUCGGGUGUGAUUUCGGAUUGUUAG